AUGGGACCCCGUCAACACGUGUUUCGAGGGCCAGAGACCUUAAAGCAGUUCAUAGACUGGUUAUUACAACCCACUACAGGAAAUAAGAAUUCCGCUUUAUUACACGACGAGGCCAUCAUCAUCGCCCACAAUUUCAAAGGAUACGACGGACAGUUUAUUUUAAAUUACCUGGUUCAUUCCGCCUGCCUGAAACCUACCGUCAUCAUGAACGGCAAGUACUGUGUCUCUAACGUCGAUAUUUUGAGACGAUGCUGUGCUCAGUUUAGAGCCACACUUAAGAGCUUAGUCCAUGUAGACCCCUUCCAAGAAUCCAUCACUUUUGCCAGUGCCGCCAAUUUAGCCUACCGUCGAGGAUUCAUGCCGAGCGGACACAACAUACAGCAUGCAAGAAACGGGGGAGAAGUCAAGAUCGGAAGUUAUACCGUCGACGGAUACCAAGAAACCACUCAUACCGUGUACGAAUUUUACGGAUGCCAUUGGCACGGAUGCCCCACUUGCUAUCCUAAUUUACAGACCGAAAGUCAUCCUCACCGGACCCAAAUUACCUAUGAACAAUUACACGAGGAAACUUUAAAAAGGAGUUCUGUUUUAGAGGAAAUGGGGUACUCCCUCCGUAGCAUCUGGGAGCACGAAUUCGAUCAAGAAGUGCAAAGAGAUGUAACUCUACAGAAUUAUGUAUCAGGUCUCAACAUUCCAUAUCCUUUGAACCCCCGAGACGCCCUGUACGGAGGCCGGACUAAUGCGACUAAAUUAUAUUGUGACGAGGGGGACAUGAGAUAUGUGGACGUCUGUUCCUUAUAUCCUUACGUACUAAAACACAGACCUUUUCCCCUAGGCCAUCCUCAGAUCAUAACAGACGACUACCAGGACGUAAGAAGUUAUUUCGGUCUCAUUCACUGUCGGGUCUUACCACCCCAAGGUCUCUAUCACCCCGUUUUAUCUUAUCGUACGGGAGGCAAGUUAUUAUUUCCCUUAUGUCGAACCUGUGCGGAACGACAGGACUCUACCUCUAAACAUCGAUGUCAACACACAGACCAGGAACGCAGUCUUACGGGCACCUGGGUGACUACAGAAAUACAUAAAGCCCUGGACAUGGGAUAUAGCUCAGAGUGGAUUUACGAAGUUCGGCAUUUUCCAGAAAGCAGUAAAGAUUUAUCCAGACCUUACAUCGAUACCUUCUUAAAGAUCAAACAGGAAGCUUCUGGAUUCCCACCUGAUUUUCAGACGGAGGAACAGAAACUAGAUUACAUUCGUAAAGUAUUAGAAAGAGAAGGUAUCAGGAUGGUCCUGUUAAGUAUAGAAAAAAAUCCGGUGCGAAGAACGAUAGCCAAACUCUUUUUAAAUUGCUUGUGGGGAAAAUUCGCUCAACGCCUGUUAUUACCUAAAACUCAAUCCUUGACUGAAGAGGAGGAAUUACAACAACUCUUACAAGAUUCGACCAUUGACAUUAAAAGUAUAGAACUCUUAGAAAAUAAAGAGCAACCAGAAUCUGACAUGAUGCUGGUCAAUUAUCAAGAGAAGCAGGAAAUUGUGGAAGAGUGUCCAUUCGGAAACGUGGUACUGGCCUGUUUUACCACAGCUCAUGCCCGAUUACACCUCUACGAGACUUUACAACCUUUGGGAGAUCGGGUCCUUUAUUUCGAUACGGACAGUAUCAUAUACCAACAUAAGGAGGGACAAUUUAAUCCUACCCUUGGCAACAGUUUAGGAGAAUGGACCGACGAAUUAGACGGGGACCACAUUAUCAAAUUCAUGUCAGGAGGGCCAAAAAAUUAUGCUUACCUCACAGACAAGGGAAAUUCCGCAUGUAAGGUCAAAGGAUUGACCCUUAAUUAUCGGGCCUCCGAUAUCGUGUCACCAGAAACUUUAGAAAAAAUGCUCAAGAAAGAAACGAAAUCCAAGUCUCGUAUCCCUACAAAAUACAGAGGACCCGUCAACAUGAAGUCAAGACAAUACCUUUAG